UGAAGACCUGCUGCUGAUUAACAUAAAUAUUUUUUUUCUUCUCUCCGUUUCAACAGCCCAGACAGUAAAUUCAUCUCAAUGAAGAGUCUGUAACCCGGAGCGACACACUCGGCGGCCGGGAAACUGAAGCCCACAGGACGUGAACCCCACGGCCAAACCCCACGGCUUGCCGGGAUGGUGCGCCUGCUCAACUGCCUGCUGCUGGGAUAUCUGACCUGGAAUCUGCGGAUAUCGGACGCACAGGGGGAGUACUGCCACGGCUGGCUGGACGCUAAUGGGAAUUAUCACGAUGGCUUCCAGUGUCCGGAGGACUUUGACACCAUGGACGCCACCGUGUGCUGCGGCUCCUGCUCGCUGCGCUACUGCUGCGCGGCCGCGGACGCGCGGCUUGACCAGGGCAGCUGCACCAACGACAGGGAGGUGGAGAACACCGAGUUUGCAGCCCAGCCCAUCUACGUGCCCUUCCUAAUGGUGGGAAGCAUCUUUGUCGCCUUCGUCGUGGUCGGCUCUCUGGUGGCCGUCUACUGCUGCACCUGCCUGCGGCCCAAGCAGCCGACCCAGCAGCCCAUUCGCUUCUCUCUGCGGAGCUGUCAGGGCGAAACCAUCCCCAUGAUCCUCACCUCCGCCCCCCCGAGCCUCCGCGCCCCAUCGCGACAGUCCAGCACGGCCACCACCAGCUCCAGCUCGGCUGGCGGCGGCAGCUCCAUGCGGAGGUUCUCUCUCGGAGGUCAAGGGCAGCAGCACGGCUGCCUGGUGUCUGCCAACGUCUCCUCGUCAGCCUCCACCCCCACACAGACCCCUCAGACUCUGCCUCCACCUCCCCCCUACACAUCCCCACCAGCACCCAUAUCAGCAGGCACCCAGCACUCGUUGCCCUCCACCCACGCUCAGCUACAUCUCCACCAGACCUCCAUGUCCUCUCAGAGCUUCCUCCUGCCACAGCAGUACUUCUUCCCCCUUCAGCCCGACGCCUUCUCAGCGGCCAAAGGCUUCGCCGACUUCGGACAGAGCUGACUAGGCUCCCAGCAGGGGAAGUAGAGGGAAUACAAGAUUUUGACAUGGUUGGCUGUGAGCCUGCGAGGACAAACACACUACAACACAGCUGCUGGUGUUUGGGUGGAAGGCCCGGGCCGGCUGAACGGACACAGAGAGCGCGACAGAAGGACAAGGGGAUAAAGGGCGACAAUGCUGCAUGGCCUGAGGCGCUUCCCCCUUCUGCAUCACAGGACACAUCAGAGUUCAACAGACCUGUUAGAGGCAGCAACAGUUCGGAAUCUUGUGCACUUUUAUUUUAUAUUGUAAACAGACCUCAUUAGCCUUAUAUUUUAUUUUUUUAUACGGGCUGCUUUUCAAGAUGACAGCUUACAAUACAGACUAAAAUCUUACACAUUUAUCACAAACCUUCCUCAAGAAACUGAAAUACUGCACAGGCCGACGGCACCAACACUGUAACUCUGAGCAUUGUUUCAUUUUUAGAAAUAGAUGUUGGAAACCAGGGAAAUAUUGUUUUUUUGACAAUCGCAAGGACCUCUGAAAGAGGGGAGGACUUGAUACACAAAAGGACAUUUUUAUUUAGGAGGAAAUGGACUUUUAUAAGAUGUUGUACAGGCAUUAUACCCAGAGUAGGGUUGUCAUAUUGAUUCCCUAAUUUACAGCAAAUAAAAUGUUGUCUCUCCGUA